AUGAGCCAGAACGACAAGCAAAAGUUGGUCGAGGUCGAGACCGUGAAGAAGUUCGCGUUCUUCGGAAUCGCCGUCUCCACCGUCGCCACGCUGACGGCGAUCGUGGCCGUUCCGAUGCUGUGCAUGUACAUGCAGAACGUCCAGUCCGGCCUUCAAGACGAGAUCAACUUCUGCCGCACCCGCUCCGACUCCCUCCGCGGCGAGUACACCAAGCUCGAUCAGUUCCGCAAGGCCGAGAGCCGCGAGAAGCGUCAGACCUACCAGUGCUGCUCGUGCGGAAUCGGACCGGCCGGAGCCCUCGGAAAUCCAGGACAAGACGGAGCGCCAGGAAACGAUGGACGUCCAGGAGCCCCAGGAGCCCCAGGACCAGAUGCUCCAAAUGACCACGUGCAGCCGACUCCAGCCGAUUUCUGCUUCGAAUGCCCACCAGGACCAGCCGGAACCGCCGGAAACCCGGGACCAAAGGGACCACCAGGACAGCCAGGAGCCGCCGGAGAGCAGGGACCAAACGGACGCCCAGGAACACCAGGAGCCCCAGGACCACAGGGACCACCAGGAACCCCAGGACAAGACGGAACCCCAGGACAACCAGGAGCCCCAGGACAGGUCCGCACCGUGCCAGCCCCACCCGGAACGCCAGGACAGCCAGGAGAGCCAGGAGGCCAGGGACCACCAGGAGAGGACGGACGACCAGGAAACGCUGGACCACAGGGACCACCAGGACCACAGGGAGAGCCAGGACAGGACGGAGCACCAGGAAACCCAGGAGCCCCAGGAGAGGCCGGAGAGGCCGGAAAGGACGGAGCCAAGGGUAAGUGUCCAGAGCUUUUCCGGUCCACUUUUGCUCGUUUUCAGGAGGUUGCGACCACUGCCCAAUCCCAAGAACCGCCCCAGGAUACUAA